ACAAAUUCAGAGCUCGGCCUUGUCGCAAUCCCUCCCACUCCGGUGCGUCGAUUUUUUAAUUACGUCUUUUGAGUUUUCAUUACCUCCUCUGACGCCUUCCUACAUCAGUCCUGCCCCGCAAAUAUGGCGUCCAACCAUGCCUCUCUUGAUGCGGCGGCGACAGAGCGCAAAGCUCGCCUUGCGAAGUUGGCGUCGCUCAAACGAAAACAACCCGAACCAGAGGCUCCGGCAGAAGAAAAGAACCAUGUCCAGGAGGAUGCCAUGGAGCAUGUCGAGCACGACGUUUCGACAAAGUAUCUCUCGGGGCGGAACUACGAUGCGGAAACCCGGGGCCCAAAGCUGGGAUUCGACCAGAAUCCAUUAGACGGCCAGACUACCUUAGAAGCACAAGCCGCUGAGAUUGCAAAGGCCACAGCUGAGCAGGCAAAGAAGGAUGCAGAGGCAGACCAGCCCAUCGAUCUCUUCAAGUUGCAGCCUAAAAAACCCAACUGGGAUCUGAAACGGGACUUGGACGAGAAGAUGAAGAUUCUUGACGUGAGGACGCAAAAUGCUGUCGCAAGGCUUGUUCGUCAACGGAUAGAGAAUGCGCAGCGUGCGGCUAAGGUCAAGAACAAGGACAUCAACAGCGAUAAGCAGGGCGAGGAGGUAGGCAUCGAAGGAGAGGUGCUGGUAGAGGGGAUCCAUAUGCGUGAAAGGGAGGACGAAGAUGAGAGGGACAGGGAAGACUAAGUGGCAUGCAUGGUUUUGAUACCCGAGGGACGGUGUAUGAGAAAUGUUGUUAUUUAAUCUCAUUCUUUGCUAUACUACUUUGAGGCGCUCGCAGUUGGGGAUUUAGGACGUACAUUCAAAGGGCGUUGAGGGAGUUUAGCAUGCCAGGUAUACUCCAUGGAUCUCAAUAUCAAUACA